GCCUUUGAGGGAGACUACACUUUGCCUCCUCUUCACAUGGCAGAGGGCCUGCAGCACAUACGCAUGAUGGAGGGCAUGUCUCGCUCGUUACCCUCCUCUCCUUUGCUCAUGCAUCAGACCAUCAGCGUGCGACUGCAACCAGUCAGGAAAGUUACUGGAGAAGUGAGUCAGGAGCUUGGUCCCCCUCCCUCGGUGAAUGAGGCGGCAAACACAUUGAUGACACGGCUUGGCUUCUUGCUUGGAGACAAAGUAAGUGAGGGACCCCCGGGAGCACAGUACAGCAUGGAAGAGCCUGACGACACACAGGGUCUGUGUGUGACCGGGAGAAUGAGUCCCUGCUCCUCGUUGACUAGCAGCACUGCCUCACCUCCGGCUUGUAGUCCGUGCUCCACUCUCCCACCCGGAGGAGCAGGGCAGCCGGGGGGCAAGGAACACUACAGCUCCGUCACCAGCCCCACCUCCACGCUGGAGAGCAGAGACAGCGGCAUUAUAGCCACCCUGACCAGUUACUCAGAGCCAGUGGAGCGGGGUGGUAAACAGAGUGAGGGCUCGCGGGGUAGCUUGAAGCUCUGGCACUCUCAGAGAUCCACGCUGGACUCCAGCCUGUACCGCGUGGAUGAGAACAUGGCAGCCUCAUCCUAUAGCCUCAACAAGAUCCCCGAAUCUAGCUGCACCCACCACACCUCAAAUCCCACCCCCCUCUACCUCAUGCCCCGCCCUAAUUCCGUGGCAGCCACCAGUUCGGCUCAUCUGGAAGACCUGGCUUAUCUGGAUGAGCAGAGACACACACCGCUGCGCACCUCACUGCGUAUGCCACGACAGAACAACAUGGUGACCGGACGCUCCGGGCAGGACCUGAGAGUGCGUUUUGCUCCGUAUCGACUGCAAGAUAUAUCUUUGAAACCUUUGCUAUUUGAGGUGCCCAGCAUCACCAUGGACUCUGUGUUUACGGGGCGCGACUGGCUCUUCCAGGAGAUUGACACUCAGCUGGCUAGUCCAAACCCCAACACCAACAGCGGCGUGGUCCUGGUCGGAAACAUCGGCUUCGGCAAAACCGCCAUCAUCUCCCGACUGGUGGCGCUCAGCUGCCAUGGCAACCGCAUGAGACAGAUUGCCUCUGACAGCCCCCAGGCCUCACCUAAACAUGGAGAUGGCCUGCCACUCACACAGCCGCAACCUUUGCACAGCACCCUGGGAGGAGGCAGCUGCCCUGGAACUCCUGAGAUGAGGAGAAGACAAGAGGAGGCCAUGAGGAGACUGGCAUCCCAGGUGGUAGCAUACCACUACUGUCAGGCAGAUAAUGCCUACACCUGCCUGGUACCAGAGUUUGUGCACAACGUGGCAGCACUGUUGUGUCGCUCACCACAACUGAGUGCCUACAGAGAGCUUCUGCUUCGAGAGCCUCACAUGCAGAGCAUGCUCAGUUUGCGCUCUUGCGUCCAAGAUCCACUUGUAGCCUUCAGUAGAGGAUUGUUAGAGCCACUGGAUGCACUUUAUAAAGAGAGGAAGAUCGCUACAGAGGAAGACCUCAUUAUUCUCAUAGAUGGUUUAAAUGAAGCUGAGUUCCACAAGCCGGACUAUGGUGACACCAUCGUCUCCUUCCUUUGUAAAACCAUCAGCAAGUUCCCACCCUGGCUUAAACUAAUAGUAACUGUCAGGACAUCCCUACAGGAGAUCACCAAGCCGCUGCCGUUCCACCGUAUCUCCCUGGAUGCACUGGAGGAGAACGACGCCAUCGACCAGGACCUGCAGGGCUAUAUCUUACACCGCAUACACAGCAGCCCAGAGAUCCAGAACAACAUCUCUCUCAACGGCAAAAUGGACAACACCACUUUUGGCAAGCUCAGCGCCCACCUCAAAGCGCUCAGUCAGGGCUCCUACCUUUACCUGAAGCUAACCUUCGACCUCAUCGAGAGGGGUUACCUGGUUCUGAAGAGCUCCAGCUACAAAGUGGUGCCGGUCAGCCUGGCUGAGGUCUACCUGCUUCAAUGUAACAUGCGCUUCCCGACGCAGUCGUCCUUCGAGCGGGCGCUGCCGCUCCUCAACGUGGCCCUGGCGUCGCUGCACCCGCUGAGCGACGAACAGAUCCAUCAGGCCAUCAACGCCGGCUGGCUGCAUGGCACGCUGGAGUGGGAUGACUUCCAGCAGAGAAUGGACAACCUGUCGGUCUUUCUGGUGAAAAGACGCGAUGGCACGCGCAUGUUCGUCCACCCUUCCUUCCGCGAGUGGCUGAUUUGGAGAGAGGAGGGCGAGAAAACCAAGUUCCUGUGCGACCCAAGGAAUGGCCAUACUCUCUUAGCUUUCUGGUUCUCCAGACUUCAAAACAAACUUAACAGGCAACAGACUAUUGAACUGGGACACCAUAUCCUCAAAGCACAUAUAUUUAAGGGCCUGAGUAAGAAAGUUGGGAUUUCCUCGUCUAUCCUGCAGGGGCUGUGGGUGUCCUACAGUACAGAGAGUUUAUCAACAGCUCUCUCCUCCCUUCGAAACCUUUAUACCCCAAACAUCAAGGUAUCUCGGCUGCUAAUGCUGGGGGGAGCGAACGUGAACUAUCGCACAGAGGUGUUGAACAAUGCCCCAGUGCUGUGCGUGCAUGCUCAUCUGGGAUACAUGGAUAUGGUGAACUUGCUGCUAGAGUAUGGAGCAUCUGUGGACUCACCUUCAGAGAGCGGCCUCACCCCGCUGGGCUAUGCCGCCGCUGCCGGGCAUCUGGGGAUAGUCACGGCUCUCUGCAAAAGAAAAGCAAAGGUUGAUCACCUAGACAAAAAUGGGCAAUGCGCACUGGUGCAUGCAGCCCUCAGGGGUCACUUGGAGGUAGUCAGGUACCUUAUUCAGUCUGACUGGGGAAAAGCGCCAUCUCAGCCUGGAGCCUUCAGCAAAAGCCAAGCUGUGCAACAGGCUCUAAUAGCAGCUGCUAGCAUGGGAUACACUGAAAUUGUAUCGUACUUGCUGGAUCUACCAGAGAAGCAUGAGGAGGACACUGAGCGUGCUCAGAUCAACAACUAUGACACUUUGUGGGGAGAAACAGCACUGACUGCAGCAGCAGGGCGGGGAAAGUUGGAUGUUUGUCGACUGCUAUUGGAGCAGGGCUCGUCAGUGGCCCAACCGAGUCGCAGGGGAGUCGUACCGCUUUUCAGUUGUGUGCGCCAAGGACACUGGCAGAUUGUUGACCUGCUCCUGAACCACGGGGCAGAUGUAAACAUGGCAGAUAAGCAAGGCCGUACUCCUCUCAUGAUGGCUGCCGCAGAGGGACAUCUGGACACAGUGGAGUUCCUGUUGGCUCAAGGUGCAUCCUUGUCCCUGAUGGACAAAGAGGGGCUUACCGCUCUGAGCUGGGCAUGUCUAAAGGGACACUUAUCUGUGGUUCGAUGCUUGGUGGAGAGAGGUGCAGCCACUGACCACGCAGAUAAGAACGGACGCACGCCACUUGACCUUGCAGCCUUUUACGGGGAUUCAGAAGUGGUGCAGUUCCUGGUGGAUCAUGGAGCACUGAUUGAACAUGUGGACUACAGUGGAAUGCGGCCACUUGACCGGGCUGUUGGCUGCAGGAACACAUCAGUGGUGGUCGCACUGCUCAAAAAGGGAGCCAAGAUAGGUCCAGCCACUUGGGCAAUGGCAACCUCAAAGCCUGACAUCAUGAUCAUCCUCCUAAGUACCCUCAUAGAAGAGGGAGAUGGAUUCUACAAGAAAGGCAAAGUGAAGGAGGCAGCCCAACGUUAUCAGUAUGCUCUCAAAAAGUUCCCAAGGGAAGGCUUCAGUGAGGACCUUAAAACAUUCAGAGAGCUCAAAGUGUCUUUGUUCCUCAACUUGUCACGCUGCCGCAGAAAAAUGAAUGACUUUGGGAUGGCGGAGGAGUUUGCUACCAAAGCUUUGGAGCUUAAACCCAAAUCAUAUGAGGCAUAUUAUGCUCGAGCCCGUGCAAAGCGCAACAGCAGGCAGUUUGCUGAGGCAUUGGAGGACCUGAAAGAAGCCAUAAAGCUUUGUCCUAGCAACCGUGAGAUCCAGCGGCUUCUACAGCGUGUAGAGGAAGAAUGUAAACAAGUCACCCAGUCAGGGGAAGCGGAACUAGAGCCACCUCCAUCUCCUCCCCGGUCUCCCCUCCCUGUAGAAGAGGAGGAGGAACCACCUCGCCAUACCCCACCCCCUGAACCACGAUUAGAUGACAUGGAACCUGUCCAGGAUCUGUUUGAGGAUGAUGACUUUCUGGAACAGGAGCUUGAGGCUGUGUCAAUUGGCCUUCCCCCUGAACCACGCUCCAAUCCAUCCAGUCUGCCAAUCAUCCAAAGUCCACCCCUUUCUCCCAUCCAUCAUGAGUCCUACCUAUCUGGUAACUCACCUUUGGGUCAAGCCUUUGAGUUCCACCCAAGCCCCACCACAAUGUCUUCUCCUACUCACCAUAGCUACCAGUCCUCCUCACCAUGCGUCUCCCCCACACACCACAACUCCCACUAUCGUCACAGUCCACCUCACACUUCCCCAGCGCAUCAGCCAUCCUACCGCUUCAGUCCACCCCCCAUGGGUACUGGAGGUGUGGAUUAUCAGAGUCCCCCACCCUCUCCUCUGCGUCGUGGGGCUCCGUAUCGAGCCAGCCCACCUGUGGAGAGUGUCUGUCUGUACCGCUCUCAGUCUGGCUCCCCUAUCCGCUACCAGCAGGAGCCACUGCCCAGUCGACCAAAAUCACCCCUUUCCAAGAUGAGCAGCCAACGUUCCUUCCAGCUCCAGUCCCAACCCUCUCAGUGCUCCCAGUCUGCCCAGCAUCACCAGGCUCAAGGUCUCCGUCUGCAGCCAUCCAUGGCUCAGAUUGUCCGCACAAACCAACCAGGAAACAGUGUUUAUGGUCAACUAGCCCAUCCACUUAGCAGCCGCUACCAGGGCAGCUCCAUGGAUGUGGACAGGGAGCGGGAACGGGAAAGCAGACUGGUCUACCAGCCCUCUCUGGAUGGCAGAUCUAUGCCUCAGGUUCAGUCCAGCCUCAGUGUGGGGGCUCUGUGUCAACAUGGGGGCAGGGGUGGCCCUGGAGGAAUUCUGGAUUCUGGUCUGGGGGCAGAUGAGAUCCCUCAGCGCCCUGCUUCUGCGUACCGCUCUAGUACCGGGGGUCCAGGCGGGAUGCGCUUCAGUCAGACCCCUCAAAUUAGUCGCAGCCAAUCAGCAGCAUAUUAUCCUGUUUCCAAACAUGACCUAGAGAGAGCAGUGGCAGCCUCUGCCAUGCCACAGCUAGGCUCACCCGAGAUCCCCCACCUUGUACGGAGACCUGUCAGUGCCAACACUAGUGAGCUAAAGCAGCAUGUGCCAACUCCCAGACCCCUAAUCCACUCACAGAGUGUUAGCCUGCGUUUUUCCCCCUCCAGCAGUAACAUCUCCUCCAGCUCAGCAUGUAAUCUAGGCCCAGGCUUCAGGCCUUCAUCCUCUAUGGCACAGAUGGAGAUCCCACUUCAGGCUGCGUACGAGCGUAGCUUUGAUGAACCAUCAGCACUCUCACCUUCACAGGGGGGGCUGUACCCAGGCGAGACCACCCGCUCACGGAACACUCCGUUCAUGGGCAUCAUUGACAAGACGGCACGGACUCAACAGCAGUACCUGCACCAGCCCUCACGUCCCUGGCAACCUGUGUCACCCCUGGAUACAGUUAUCACCAGUCCCACAUCACCUGCCAACCUGAUCCACCAGGCUUCCACAGCCUCCUCUUACAGCCCACCCACGUCGCUCGGCAAUAUUGCUUAUUACAACAAGACCAACAACGCCCAAAAUGGGCACAUGCUAGAGGAUGAAUAUUAUGCCCAGCCUCAGCCCUCCUCCUUGGGCAAGCUCACCAACGGCGGUGCCCGUGAUCGGGAUCUCCUGGAAAGGGUGAGCCAGGUACCCACAUACCAGGAUGUGAAGGUGGCACGAACAAUGCCAGUAGCACAGGCCUACCAGGAGAAUAUGUACCGUCAGCUCUCCCGUGAUGCUAGGCAAGGCCCCACUUCGCCCAUCAAACCAAAGAGACCUUUUGUUGAGUCAAAUGUGUGA